CUAGGGUCGGUUGGUCGUCGCUGUCGGAGGUGUGCCCUAAGUUUGCCUCGCCGUCGCUGCCACCCGGUCCCUGCAGCCGCGCCCCUCGCCUUGGCCCCGGCCCAGCCGCUCUCCCUGCCCUUUCCCCCUUAACCACCCCCCCGGUUUCUGCCGUCGGGGCCCCGGGGCCGGGCUAAUGAUGCCGUCGGAGAGUGGAGCUGAGAGCCCGGACCAGGCAGCUGCGCAGGUGGGGACGGCUGCGGCCUCGGCGGUGGCCACGGCCGCCCCGACAGGCGGCGGCCCCGACCCGGAGGCCUCAACGGCCUCCCUCGGACGGCACCUGAGUAGGCUGGGCUGGCCACAGGUGAAGCGACUGGACGCGCUCCUGAGCGAACCGAUUCCCAUUCACGGGCGCGGCAACUUCCCCACUCUGAGCGUGCAGCCCCGGCAGAUUGUGCAGGUGGUCCGCAGCAGCCUGGAGGAGCGGGGACUACAUGUGCAGGGCGUGCGGCUACACGGCUCGGCUGCCAGCCACGUGCUGCACCCGGAGAGUGGCCUGGGCUACAAGGACCUGGACCUGGUGUUCCGCGUGGACCUGCGCAGCGAGGCGUCCUUCCAGCUGACCAAGGAGGUGGUGCUGGCCUGCCUGCUGGACUUCCUGCCGGCCGGCGUGAACCGGGCCAAGAUCACGCCGCUGACGCUCAAGGAGGCGUACGUGCAGAAGCUGGUGAAGGUGUGCACGGACACGGACCGCUGGAGCCUCAUCUCGCUGUCCAACAAGAGCGGCAAGAACGUGGAGCUCAAGUUUGUGGACUCGGUCAGGCGCCAGUUUGAGUUCAGUGUAGACUCCUUCCAGAUCAUCCUGGACUCCCUGCUGCUCUUUGGCCAGUGCUCAUCCACGCCCAUGUCUGAGGCCUUCCACCCCACGGUGACAGGUGAGAGCCUGUACGGCGACUUUGCCGAGGCGCUGGACCACCUGCGGCACCGCGUCAUUGCCACGCGCAGCCCCGAGGAGAUCCGCGGCGGCGGCCUCCUCAAGUACUGCCACCUGCUGGUGCGGGGCUUCAGGCCUCGGCCCAGCACCGACGUGCGCGCCCUGCAGCGCUACAUGUGCUCCCGCUUCUUCAUCGACUUCCCAGACCUGGGGGAGCAGCAGCGCACGCUGGAGCGCUACCUGGAGGCCCACUUCAGCGGGGCCGAUGUGGCCCGCCGCUACGCCUGCCUGGUGACGCUGCACCGGGUGGUCAAUGAGAGCACCGUGUGCCUCAUGAGCCACGAGCGUCGCCAGACGCUGGACCUCAUCGCCACGCUGGCGCUCCAGGCGCUGGCCGAGCAGGGCCCGGCUGCGGCGGCCGCCCUGGCCUGGCGCCCCCCUGGCCCCGACGGGGUCGUGCCUGCCACCGUCAGUUACUACGUGACUCCCGUGCAGCCUCUGCUGGCUCGGGCCCACUCCUAUCCCACCUGGCUGCCUUGUAACUGACUCAGACCCUGGCCAGAAAGUACUGGGCCUUCCCUGAUGGAGUGGGGCCUCCAGGAGUGUGUAAGGGAUGUGACCAGGGACAGGCAGCCUGUGCCAAGUGGCCCAGCGCUGCUGCAGGGUUGGGCCUUUGACUGAAGAGGCCAGACCCCGCCCAUCCCCGAGUGAGGCCCCGGGGGGCUUAAGGCCAAGCUGGGGUUCUUGAUAGAUCUUUGGGUUAUUGCACCCCACUUGUGGACCGGCAUGAUGGUGGGGUGCAGGGGCUAUUUGUCUUGGGGGUCAGUUGCCUUCAAGAGACAGAGCAUGUUUGGGGUGGUAGCCUCAAUGCUCAUCAUCUUAGGUUGAUUUCUGUGGCCUAGAAAGGUCUUGGGUUGAUUUCUGUGGCCAAGAAAGGGUCUUUUUGGGUAAGACCAGCCCACAGUGAUCCCAGCAGCCUCGGAAGGCCCGCAGCCCACACCAUGGCUAAAAUAUGGUAUGUUAUAGGAACUACUCACUCUGGGUUGGGCCAGACCCCUGACAGGGCCUGGCAAUCCAACCUGACUAAUCACUGGGAGGAGGGAAACUGAGGCAGGAGGCAGCUACCUGGGUUUGCAGAGGGAUAGGUUUAGCCCAGUUCCCAAACACCCCUACCCCAAGCUGUUAAGGUGCACGGGUGAUGAGCCAAGCUGCCAGGGGUGAGACAGCCCAUGCUCCUUCUGGGGUGUUGCUCCCUUCCCCCAUGUUGUAAGGAUCCCUCUGCCUAGGAGCUUGUUCUUCGAAGGGUGGCUCCAAAGUGGCCACAGUCAAGUGCUCCCACCCCACUGGCCUGGUUACAGGGUCUUCACUUGGAGGAAGGGAACCAUGCCCCACCUCCUUUCCCAUCCCUCUGGAUUUGUCACCAUUUUGCACUCUUAACACCUGCCAAUAAAAAUUGUCUACACUAAA